AUGGGCGUCUCCCCCUCCGGCGCCGUGCCUCCUCCUGCCAUGCCGCCCCGGCGCCAGACCGUCCCCGUUGGCCCGGCGGACACCUCCCCGUUCACACAACAGCGCGAGCGCCUCGUCCUUGAGCUCUUGCCGUUCAGGCCCCCCGGCCAGUUCCACGAGUGGCUGCGCGGCGGGCCGGUGCAGGGCGCGUGGGGCGAGUUCCAGCGCGACCUGCUCGCGCGCGCGCCGGCCGACCACCCGGACCCGGACCCGGACAAGGCCCGCACCGCGCAGGCCACCAAGGAUGCCAUCAACGGGCGGUCGCAAAAGUUCCUCGUCUACCACCCGGACAAGGCCGGCUGGGCGCCCGAGGACCACUACGUCCGCUUCAUCGCCGUCGUCAUCUCCGACUCGCUGCUGGCCAACCUGUGGUCCGAGUCGGACUGGAAGAAGCGCAACAUUGACAUUUGCAAGGCCGUGUACGAGGUCCUGUUCUUUCUGAAAGCGUCACACUAUAUGAACCAGCAAGCUCCGCCGUGUUAUACCGAUUAG